AUGUUCAUCAAAUAGCCUUAACAAAAACUAUAAACAAGAUCAAUAUCAAAUGUAUCAGGACAUUCAAAUGGAAGAAUGUAUGUUAUGCCUUCUAUAUAAAAUAAUACAAUAAAUGCUAUUUGGGAUAUCAAUCAAAUAGGAUAGGAAUUAGAUUGUCAUGAUGAUCCAAUAUUGCAUUAAGCAUUAGAGUUAAUUACCAAUCAAUAAGUCAAUUAAGCAAUACUACUUUUGAAUUAAAGUAUAUUUAAAUACAAAAAUCAUUCUAGUGAUAGUGGAUGGAAAGAAAUAUCUAGGCUAGCAAUCAUAGGUUUAAGUAAUUACAAAAGUGACUUUACUAAUAUGUUCUAGUGCUAUGUCUAUUCUUGAAAAUGAUCCUGCAUCUGCUUUAUUGUUAUUAUUGGGAUGUGAUUAAAUGUUUAAAGGAUUAACACCUAAAUAAUAAGGGUAUUUGAGAGUUCAAAUUCUUAAUGGAUUAGGUUGUUAUUACAGAAGAGUUGGAUAAUUGGAAAAAGCAUUAAAAGAAUUAGAAUGUGCUUUGGCAAUUAUUAGAAAAUAUAACUUAAAAGAAGUUGCAGUUACACAUCUAAAUUUAUCAGUUGUAUUAUCUUUAGUAGAAGAGUAUAUAUAAUUGUAUAUUAAUAUAAAGACAUGAAGGUGCUUUAGAGAAUGCAAAGAAAGCAGUUACCGAAAGUCACAAAGAGUAUCAAUAUUAUAUUAAGAAUCAUGUAUCGAUGUAGAGUUUUAAAUUUCAAAGAUGCGUAAGUUCAUUGGCUAUAUCAUUUUAUAAUGUAGGAGUUCAAGAAUAGCAUUUCUAAAAAUAUUAAUUUGCUUUAUAAGCAUAUGCAUCAGCUUUUAAAGUUGCUGAAGAUAAUCUUGGUAUUCAUCAUUACCUAACAAUUUAAUUGAAAAAUAUAUAUGAACAAUUUGCUAGAUAAUUAGCUAUAGCUGAAGCAUAAAAAAUUGCAAUUACUUCAUUAAAUCAUAAAUUUUAAAUUAGAGCUAAUAUUACAAGUCAAUAUGCACAAAGUGUAUUAAAAAACAAAACCUUAGAUACUACUAAAAAAGUAACUGAUAGGUUAUUUUAUUCAGAAACUCAAAAAUUUUAAAGACCAUAAUCAGCUAUUAUGAAUUAAAAUCAAACAACAAAAUUAAAAGCUUUUGAAAUUACUAAAAAGGAAGCAUUUACUAUUAAAAAAUAAAUGUCAGCAACCAAUAGAACUCAAAAUUAACUUAGUGAAGAUAAUUUAAAAACAGAAACUGAAAUUAUUGAUAAAGCUAAAGCUUUACAAUCUGAUAUAGAAAACUUAAGAACUGUAAAUUUGAUCAUCAUAUAUUUAGUUAGCUUAAAAGGAAUAAGAAGAAUUAAAAUUUAUCUAAGAUUAAAAGUAAAAAGAACUAUAAAAAUUAGAAGCUUUUCGCUAUAUGAAUUAAUAAAUUCAACAACAUAAACAAUAAAAAAAUACUAUAUAAACAUCGAGAGAAAUCAAGAAAUCUUCAGAAUAAUAAAAAUAAAUAUUUAAUACUGAUCCUUUUAUCUAAGAAUAAUUAGAUGAUAGUGAACCAUAACCUCUAGUUGCUAUUUAAACUCUGAAUGAUAAUAAAGAAUCAAAUGAUAUAGAAGAGGAAUAAUAUUUGACUCAUGUAUAAUCAAAUGAUAAAAAUCUUAGAAAUGAAAUUAAUUAAGAUUAUGAUAAAAAAAGAUCCUCUAUGACUUAAGAUGAAACACUAUAAAGUUUUACUAAGAAAUUAGAUUAUGACUAAGAAUCUACAAGUAAAAAUAAUUUUGGUUAACAAAAUAUAUCUUGUAAACACAUUGAUGAUCUCGAAGAAAUUGUUGAAGAUAUUAAUGAAGUUAAUUAAUAGUAAAAUUAAAAAAUCAUAGAAAAGAAUGUUGAAGAAAUCAUAAAUUAAAAAGCUCAAAAACUUAAUGAAGAUUAACAGCUUUAACAUAUCGUUUUCAUUUAAAAAUCUUGGAAAUCUAGUAAUUCAAACUUUUAAUCAAGAAUUUAAAAAAUAAAAUCCAAGUAUUAAUAAUCAAUUUAGUAUAAUUAUAUAAAAAUUAGAGAUCAAAAUGAUUUCAUUCAUAAUGGUUAUUUUUUUAUAGCAUGGAAUACAAAUUAAAUAUCACAGAUUGAUUUAAUAUUCUACGAUCUAUACAUUCUAAGGAAAUCAAAUAGAAAAAGUAAUGAUAUAUCAGAAAAAUUGGAUCAUAUCUUUAUACUUAGUUUAAGUUCUAAUUUUUAAGUGAACUAGGAAUAAAUUAUUCAAUUUGAAGAUGAACUACUACCACAUGUUACUAUAAACUCUUCUCAAUUAAUUCUACACUCAAUAGACCCUUAUAUUCAAUUUAAACAAAAAAAUAGUGAGAAUCAAAUUAGAUUUGAUUUUAAUUAAUAAAAAUUUGAAUACAUAUUCCCUAAAUCAGAAGACAAUCAAUAAAAUUAUAAUACUCCCGUUACUCUUGCAGAUAUAUAAUAAUUUAAUUCAGAUUCAAUUGUUGUUCAGAAAGAAGCUCAUAAAACUCCAGAUUAAAUUUUUUCUAAAGUAGAACCUUUUUAAGAUGUUCCAUUAGUUUAAGAAUAGGUUGAUGAAGAAGAGUGUAUUUAAAAAAAUUCAAACAGUUAAGUUGAAUCUAUAAAAGAAGAGUAAAAUGAGGAAGAAUAAAAUUAUAAUAAGGAAGGAUUUGCAGAGAAGGAAAACUCUGAUGAUGAAAAAAUUAAUUAAACUGGACAAUUUAAUAAUAACAUGUUUUCAUCUUAAGGGUUGUUAUCAGAAUAAGAAUUUGAUAAAAAUGAAUAAGUUAAUUAAAGAUAAUCACAAUAAAAUAAUUAAGAAAGUGAGAAGACUGAGAAAACUGAGAUAAAUUAAAAUUUAGAUUUUUCUCUUUAAUUAAAUUAGAUGAGUGCUAAUAAUUCUAUAUUAGGAUCUGUAAAUAUUAUUGAAUCAGAAAAUUAGAAUUAAUAAUAAACAGUUUUAAAAAAUUAUGUCCAAAAUUAAAAUAAAGAAAAAGUAUCAGCCAAUAACACAAUUAUUGAAGAGGAUGAAGAAGAAAAGAAAGAAUUAGAAGAUAAUGAAAUUUAAGUUGGAUAGAGUAAAGAUAAAAAUAAUUAACUUAUUAAUGGAACUCAGAAUAUCACAUCAAAGAAUGAAAUUUCUUAUAAUAAUCUUAAAGUUAGUGAGAAAUCAUAUUAAUAAAGUUAAUAAUCUCAAUCAUAAAUUAAUAGUUAAACAUCUAUAGAAUAGAAAUAUAAAACUUAAACUUUAGAGAUUCUAAAUGAUGAAAAGAAAAUUUAUGCAAAACAAGUAAGCCUACAAUUACCAGAUUUAAUGAGAGAUGAUAUUAGUUAAAUUUCGGAUGAAGAAAGUAUUAUGUAUUUUUCAAUAUUUAUUAGUGUCUCUAACAAAAAAUUAUGUAUUCGAAAAAGUUGGAACGAUUACUGGAAUUAAUAAAAAUGAUGGAUCACUAAUUUAGAUCAAUAUAUUUAUUAAUAGAACCAAAGAAUUAUUUUAAGCUAAAGCUGAAGAUUUUAAAGUAAAAUCUAUUUACUUUAAAGUUGAAAACAUUUAAAAAACGCUUAAGAAACCCUAAAAAUAUUUGAAAGGUUAUUUGGUGAAUUGGCAAAAAGAAAAUGUUUUAAAAGUUUAUACAAAAGCUCAUGAGAAGGCAGUAAUUAAACUUCAGAAAAAGUUUAAAUUUGAUCAUUAUAGAAGACAUAUAACUUUUAAAUUAGCUAAAUCAAAUAUAGAGGGGAGUUUAUAUGUAGGGUCAAGAAAAUAAGUUAUAUUUUUAGCAAUAGAAACAAAAAGUACAUAAUAAAGAAAUUCAUAUACAUUUAGAAAUGAAAUUUAUAGUUAGUUUGUAAAUAGAAUUUCUUUUAGAGUUCUUAAUAAUUUAAAAUAUUCUGAAGAGAAAGGGAUAUAUUUACUUUAAGAACCAUAACAUAGAAUAUUGGCAUAAAAUUUAUAAGGUAAAAAUAUAGAAAAAUAAUUUUAAGCUAAAAUAUUCAAGUUAUUAAAACCAGAGAAUGCAUUUGAAUUUAUAGGAUAUGGUUUGUUGAAUGGAAUAUAUGACUCAGUUCAUAAAAAAAUAAUAAUUGCAAGUGAUAAUCGUAAGACUCAGCCAUCAUAAAUUGAUAUUCCGAAAUCCAUAUAAGGGGAAUAAUUAGUUGAAUUUACCUAAAAUCUAUUGAAUAGAGUAAUAAAAAAAUAUUAAAUUUAGUCUUUUGUGAUUUAAUCAAAUAAUGAAAACUGUGUUGUAUAUUAUGAAGAAAAAGAUGAAAUGCAAGUGAAAAUAAUUUAAAAUAAAAUAUUUAAUUAUUAGACCAUCAGAAAGAUGAUUAUCAAUUAUAGUAAGAUACGUAAUGGUUAAAUAAUAUAAGAGGAAGUAACAAUUGAAUUAUAAAGAAAAUUAAAAAAAUAUUUUGGGAUAUUAUGUUAGAAGAAAUUUUAUGUGAUUGGCAAAUUGGAGGAGAAAUCAAUAAAAAAUUUAAUAACAAAUUUUAAUAGGAUUAUAAGUACCUUUAUUGUAAAUGAGAAUGAUCAAAUAGAAUUAGAUAUUGAUUCUAUUAAAGAUUUUAUAAAUGAAGGUGAAUUUACUAAUUUAUUGAGAAUGGAUCUUAAAAGCAUAAUUUAUUAGAUCUGA